GAUAGUUUAUUUCCUUUAACAUAAUUCUUCCCUCGGGGAUUAAUAAAGUCUGUCCAUCUCAUCCAAACUUGCACUCAUAAAAAAAGCACUUUGAGUCAGGAGUCUGCUGCAUCCUUUAGUACAGUCUUAUCUGAAGUGGCAUUUUUUAUUGUUUUAUUGAAGUUAUUCAAGGGCAGAUUAAAGGUUGUGGAAUCUGCCUACACAGCCACUGUUAAUUACGCCAUUUUACGCCAUUUGACUGAAUUUAGAAGAAUAAUCAGCAAUGUCCGACUGCAGACACCUCUAAUAGAGCCCGUGUCACUCACACAGGUCUUAAAUUAGGCCAGGAGUCCCCGAGGGAACCUUUGUGUACAUUUAGUGGUGUGGAGCAAAUGCUAUGCUUCCCCUUUGAACAUAUAAUGGUGUAAACUGGUGUAAUAAGGCACAGUACUGACACGUGGGAUUUACCGGCUGUCAGUGGGAUCAGUGCCCUGGCUUUUGACAAACCUUCCUUUCCUUUCAGAAAAAGACAAAAUACUCUGCGACACGCAGACUGCUGCUGAAGACCAAGAUGUUGAAGAAGGCAUCUGCCAUGCUGGUGGCCGAGGAGGAGAAACGGAAGUUGGAGCGGGAACAGACCCUGAACGAGAGGGCCCCUGCCCUAAGGCUGUCUGGCCUGUCUGUCCAGGACCUUCAGAACCUGUGCAAAGAGCUCCACCAAAAGAUCGAUGUUGUUGAUGAAGCACGGUACGAUAUUGAAUCAAAAGUGGCCAAAAAUGAAAUAGAGAUCCAAUACCUGAGUCAGAAGAUCUUUGAGCUGAAGGGAAAAAUGAAGAGACCAAACCUGAAGCGAGUGAAGAAGUCAGCUGACGACAUGCUGGGCGCCCUGGCAGACACUAAGCUAAUGAAGGCCGACUUCAAGGCUAACCUCAAGACCGUCAAAAAGGAAGAGGAGAAGAAGGAGGAAGUGACUGACUGGCGUAAGAACGUGGAAGCUAUGUCAGGAAUGGAGGGCAGGAAGAAGCUCUUCAACGCCCAGUAAGAGGGUGCACUCUGAUUCAGGAUAAUUCCUACCUUGGUUCAAUAGAAGGUCUGACUUGCUGAAGGAGGCACCGUGUAAGACAGUGUGACACCCCUUGAAUGAACCUUUCAAUACUUGGGUACAUUCUGUACAGAUUUUUGAAAAACUUCUUUUAAAUGUAAAAUGCUGGGUCAUUGAGGUUAUGCAGCAUUUUUGUAUGUAUGUGAGCUUUACACUGUGUAUCCUGUCGCACUAUUUUGUUCUUUUCCAAAGAUCAAACUGAAAUGUCAUGGAAAUAAAUCGUCUAUAUUCAGAUGGCUUAUGUACAGCUAAACAGGCCCCACAUAUCCGAAGCAGCAGGCUGAAUUCCAGCCGCAGUUUCCUGAAAUAGGGGGUCUCUCUGUGCUCAGAGGCCUCACAGUCUCUGAAAUUCACAUGCUAGUUAAAUGCAAAAUGGUGUGAUUUUUGUAUUAUCUAUGCAUUCUAUGUUUCCCUGUGGAGGGUCAUACGGCUGAAUAAACAAAAUGAAUAAAUCA